CCGAGUAACAGCGCGCUCCCGCAGCUGCGCGUCGCUUAUUUGGAUAGUUUAGUAACCAGAAAUCCCCCAUGGGAAUAAAUCCAUGUUAUUACACACGUAUGGACGACGGCGAGUGAAGCAUUUGGAAAACAUGGACGCGACUUUGAAGUACAGUUUUUGUCACGACUCGUUGGAAUCUUAAAAGUGGGUUCCGGUCGCGAUAUUUUUUCUGUCAGGAAGUUUGACGUAUUCGGCUGAAGAUUAUUUCUUACUUUGUUUUGGUUCGGGGGAAAGUUGUGGACUGUCGUUGACUAACGUUACAGAAGCCGCGCGACGACUCUGAGAAAAGACUGCGUUCUCUUUCACGUUAAAGUCAGUUUGGAGCUCACACGAAUACUUAAGGAACCGUAAUAAGAGUCCGAGAAUGCAAAGUUUAAACUUCGAUGGAGUUUAUCCAACUCCGCUUCGCUUGACAUAGGCUAAUAAAUCGAGGUUAUGUGUAUAAUACAUGUAUACAUGUAUUUUCUUUCUGCCAGCGUCAUUUCAGUCACUUUUUGCUAAAUGGUUGAACUCCAUCGCGCGCUAAAUCAAAUUGUACUUUUAUUUUUUUUAUAGGCCUAUAUGUAUUCUUAUAUGGUUAUGAUCAUAUUCAGGCUGCAAUGCGAUACAGUUUUAUGCAAAAGUAAAGAUAUCUGCAGCCUAGACUAUUUUGGACUCUAACCAACACAGAGAAGGAAAAUCUGCAAACUUAGCAGGAAGAGAGACUAUCAAAAUCACGGAAAUCGUUCGGUCUUUUCCUCUGGCGAAGCCGUUACUCACAGAUGGAUUUCAUACAGGCCACACGGUUACUGUUACACCUUGUUUGGUAGUUUUUUGUUCGUAUUUUAUGGGAUACAUCUCCCUGUCCUGCAAGCCCGAAAGCGUUGAUAACGUGUGGCAAAUGUGAAAAUGUUUUGGAAGUUUAAGUUUUCCAAAGAUCCGAGGCUGCAGUGGAGCAGAAGUUUGUCUUUGGGCCACAGCUGGAGCAGCCUGAUGUAGCCUUUUAUUUUUUUUUUUUUUCCAUCGGAACAAUUUCUCUGUAAAACGCACAGCUGUCUCAUGUGUUUGUUUUCACAACCUGAAAAGUAUCCGUUUGCGUGAGUGCUUUAAUUUGCCGUUGAAGAAGACUAGUUACCUGGGGGGGUCAGCCCCGCCAUGGCGCCCCCGCUCUCACACACACUCUCCGGUGUGUCAGUCUGAGGGCACAGAUGGACGUGAGCAACGGCUGGACCUAGGCUACUGCGUCAUCCCUGCCGCGAGACGCCGGUAACCGGAGUUGGCUGCACGCGGGAGAAGCGGUCUUGUCGUGACCAAGGUCGUCAAGGCGACAGAUCCAGCACCCCUGCUGUUCCCUUUGGAGAACAUGUUGUGGGUAGAGAGGAGAUAACGGCUCUGAAUGUCCUGAAGUGACUGUACAUCCAUGCAACUAGUGGGGGAGUUUCACCCUUUAGUAUGGUGCAAACAUAAAGUAAAAGGGUUGAAGGACAAAAGGACUUGGCAUCUAGGGCAACAUGAGAGUGGCGGAAGCUUUAAACGAAUGUGGCAGCGCUUCACUGACCACAGACGGACAUGCCCGGCAUUCCUGUGGGUGAUUAUUACCCAGAAAUCCACAGAGUCAAUGAGUUGCCUCAGGUACUGAUGCUCCCCGUUUUCCUUCUCUACACUCAGAAAGACUGUUGCAGCCUCUUCUGUAGGUUCCAUCAUCAGACAGUGUUCAUCCUGAUCUCUGUUAUUUCCCUGAGUUAUAUUUUUAAUCAAACCAGUCAUUAGUUCCCUAGGCUUACAAGGCACUUAACCAAAGAUCUAAUGCACAUGGGUUAAUUUGCUACAAUAUAUUUCUGAAUAAAGCAAAGCACAUUUCAAGAUGCAGCACUUGCUUUAACAGUGGACUCUGUUUUAUAGCUUUCUUUUUUGCAUGACUUUUUAGACCUGUAUGUGUGUGUGUGUGUGUGUGUGUGUGUGUGUGUGUGUGUGUGUGUGUAGGCAUUUUACAUAAUAUUACACACUGACUCACUGCAUCGGUAUCUGUGCCAAUAAGGGGAUCAAGUAUCGGCCGGUCGUUACCGUUUCUUUAUCAGUUACAUUCAUUCAGUCACAAUGAGCUUUUGCCCCACAGCGAUCUCUGGCUUUGAGUUACUGAGCUUGAGAAUGACCCCAAGGAGUUUCACACAGUCAGUGGGAUAUAGAUUUUAAUUGUUAAAAAAAUAGACCUCUGGUAUCGAUUGAAUUUGGUAGCAGCAGAUUAUACCUGAGGUGAGUUACUGGAAUCAGGAGAGAAAAAGUCAGAUGAGUGCAUCCCUGGUAGAGUAUUUUAGUCUUUGAUUUUAUGAGUGAGUGUCUUUUGGUUUUGUUACCUUGUUUUAUAAGUUUGUUAAAAGUGUCCAUAUCUGUUUUACCAACCAAAUCAAUUGUGAAAACUAAGUUUGUGUUUGAGUUAUUUUGUGUUGUCCUUUGUUGAAUUAGUUUACAUUCAAUGGUUUAUUGGUAUAAAUUUCGGGGGAAACCCUCUCCAUUGAAGGAAAUGCCUCAGUUUAUGAUGCUGUUGACGCCUUGAACUGGCCAGAUAAUAUUGCCCAGUUAACAUCUACAUUGGAGCUAUAACACAGCUGAGUCAGGGCUUUUGGCAGCUCGUGAAAUCAGAGAAAUAUAAAGCUGGUAGAUAUUUAAAAUUGCAGAAAACUCCCUGUAAAAAACAUUCUUCCCGUAUGAACUGUGCCAGACGGAUCGCUGCCAGUGCAGCUUGAAUUUCAGCCGUUUUCAAUUGUCAAUCUUUCUCAUGGGCAAAAUACACAACACACAUGCACUGCACACUUUCUCAUUCACUCAGUGUUCAGGGCACUCAGUCAGAGAAAUCUUUAGGUAUGUGUUCUGCAGGCUUUGGUUACAUUUUACAUGUCUGCAAGGAAUUAUGCAUGAAAAAGGUUUUGUGCUGUAAAUAAAAAUUAGGUUCUCUGUUUAGUGUAACAUUAAAACCUCUAUCAUGUAAUUUAAUUACCUAGAUAUGACAUAAUUAGGGUGCAGUGCUGCCUCUUUGUCACACCAGCCUUCAGAUUUCAUACUUUUUCUUCUCCUCCCCUUCUUAUUAAUGUUUACCACCAAGGUGAUGUUUUAUGGGCUGAGGUACUUGCAUACUGACAAGUGUUGUGAGACUGGCUGAUAACUUUUGUCAUAGGUCAUCUCCUGUCUGACCCGAUGACUCACAUCCUUUCGCUCGGUCUCCAAGCAAAGAAAUGUGAACAAAAACAGUGCCAACAUCAGUUAUUACACACUUUCUUCCAUAACGAAUUGGUUUCUGUUUGUACCACUCUAGGCUGUGGGUUGAUUGGCUCACCACAGACAACUUUCUGAAGACUGGUUUGUAGAGCACGUACGCAAACAUCGCAGCAAUGAAUGAGAGACAGGCUCUCCACUCUAUAAUGAAGGACCUGGUUGCCCUUCAGAUGACGCGGCGCCAGCCUGUGUUGUCAUAUGACAGCGGCAAACCCAAGACACCGGCCCAGACCAACAGACAGGACGAUGUCAGGAUAAAGUUUGAGUUCUCAGGAGAGAGGAGGAUCCUGAUGUUUGGACGGCCUGUGCAGUUCGAGGAAAUCCAGCAGAAAGUCAAGACUGUCUUUGGCCAGCUGCUAGACCUGCAUUAUAUGAACAAUGAGUUGUCCAUCCCUCUGCGAGAUCAGGAUGACCUGGACAAGGCGAUCGACCUGCUGGACCGAAGCUCCAACAUGAAGAGCAUCAGGAUCCUGCUGCUCACUCAGGAGCACAGCAAUGCCUCCUCCCCCUCCCACCACGUGCCGUGUAAGCAGGUGAGGAUCACAUCCUCCCAUUCUACUGGAGACGUUAGCACGGUGUACCAAUCCUCCGAGCCCAGGGGGCGCCACCUAUCAACUGGUUCUCAGAACACGGGGCGUAGCUCGCCGCCUCCUGGCUACGUGCCUGAGCGCCAGCAGAGGAUUGCCCGCCAAGGUUCAUACACCAGCAUAAACAGUGAGGGGGAGUUCAUCCCCGAGACCAGCGAUCAGUGUGUGCUGGAUCCCUGGAGCAGCGCAGAAAACUCUGUCUCUGGAAGCUGUCAGUCUCUGGACCGCAACUCAGACAGCCCCUCACUGAGGAAGUCUCGCAUGCACAGAGCCAAGAGUUACCCUGAUAAUCGCCAGGAGUGCUCAGACCGGGAGAAUCAUGUGUAUGACAGAAUAGCAGGUAAAGGAGGCACCUAUCCUCGAAGGUACCAUGUCUCCCUGCAUCAUAAGGACCACAGUGAAGGCCGUCGGACGUUUCCGCGGAUCCGUCGCCCACAAGGGAACCUGUUCACUCUGGUGCCCUCACGCCGGUCGCUCAAUGGCAGCGAGGAGAGUGUGGGCAGCUGGCAGCUGGUCGACGCUCAGGGCAGGCUCCGUCCCCAAGAUCGUUCUGUCGCGCAUAAGUCGCCCAGUGCUCCAAUGACGUGGCGGCGGGGGAAGCUUCUGGGCCAGGGAGCCUUUGGUCGGGUUUACCUGUGUUACGAUGUGGAUACUGGGAGGGAGCUGGCUGCCAAGCAGGUCCAGUUUGAUCCUGAGAGUCCUGAGACCAGCAAGGAGGUCAGCGCUUUGGAGUGCGAAAUCCAGUUGCUGAAAAAUCUGCAUCACGAGCGCAUUGUUCAGUACUACGGCUGUCUAAGGGACCACAAUGAGAAGACCCUCACUAUUUUCAUGGAGUACAUGCCGGGGGGUUCAGUCAAAGACCAGCUAAAGGCCUACGGGGCGCUGACAGAGAACGUGACCCGGAAAUACACAAGACAGAUCCUGGAGGGCAUGUCCUAUCUGCACAGCAACAUGAUUGUACACCGGGACAUCAAAGGUGCCAACAUCCUGCGGGAUUCAGCAGGCAACGUGAAGCUCGGAGAUUUUGGUGCCAGCAAGAGGCUGCAGACCAUCUGCAUGUCUGGCACCGGCAUCCGCUCUGUGACCGGCACCCCCUACUGGAUGAGCCCGGAGGUGAUCAGUGGAGAGGGCUACGGCAGGAAGGCUGAUGUCUGGAGCCUUGGAUGUACGGUGGUGGAGAUGCUAACAGAAAAGCCUCCGUGGGCUGAAUACGAGGCCAUGGCGGCCAUAUUCAAGAUCGCCACUCAGCCCACCAACCCACUGCUGCCCUCGCACACCUCCGACCAGGCACGGGACUUCAUUAGCUGCAUCUUUGUGGAGGCCAAGCACAGGCCCAGUGCUGAGGAGUUGCUCAGACAUCCAUUCUCCCAGAUUCUGUUCUAAAACCUGCCUGGUUUUCUGAACUUUAACCACAGAGCAGUAUCUGUAACUUCCUUGAAACCCAUCCGUGGCAGAAAUCCGGACAUGGAACUGGUCUAGAAGUCAGUGUUAAACCCACCGAGCCUCUGCCACCGUUCAGAUGCUCCUCUCACACA